AUGAGGUUUGGUAAAAAGGGAAAGUUGAGUCCACGCUACAUAGGGCCAUAUAAGAUUAUCCAAAGAAUUGGCCAAGUUGCAUAUGAGUUAGAGAUACCUCAAGAACUUUCAACCAUUCAUCCGGUGUUUCAUGUCUCAAUGCUUCGAAAAUGUGUUGGUGACCCAUCUCGUAUUACUCCUACAGAAGAUGUACAAGUUAUGAGAGAUCUCACUUAUGAAGAAGUACCCAUUGCUAUUCUGGAUCGACAAGUUAGGAAGUUAAGGAAUAAAGAUGUAGCUUCUGUAAAAGUAUUAUGGAGGAACCAGCAAGUAGAAGAAGUUACAUGGGAAGCGGAAAAAGCAAUGAAAUUGAAGUAUCCUCAUCUCUUCCAGACCAAUGAGAAAGAUGAAAAUGUUGAGUUGGGGCGUUAA